UCAUCUUCAUCUCACAAGAAGGCGCUCAUAUCCGCCAAGAUCUUGAAGCAACUCAUGAAGAGAACGGCCAAGAAGAAAAGCCACAAGAAGAAGAAGGGCAAAAGUUCAUCCUCUAGCAACAAGGACAACAACAUGAGCAAGAUCCCACCGCACAAAUCAUCCGCACUAUCAUUCGGGCGAUAUUUAGCUCUAGCAGCCAAGAAGUAUCACGCUUCCAAAGUCUUGGAUUGUAUCGAAGGCAAGAUCGAAGUAGCGGAUAUUCUCCAAAAAUAUACGGAGAUCAAGGAGCGUAAAGAAGUCACUUGUAUACGAUCACACAAAGACAAGUUGACGAAGAUCAUCUAUCUCUACCGUAGUGAGAACGAGUCAGAGGAGAUGCAGCGCACGGACCUCGAAGGGACAAAACAAGGCAGAAACGAGCGACC